UAGGGUUUAAAGAUUUUGAACGAAUAAACCCUAAACCUCUCUCUCUCUCUCCCUCCUUCAAAAGAGAGGGAGAAGUACUAAGCAACUAUCGUUACAUUUGAAAAAUCCCGAAGCUUGAAUUUUUCUACCAGUAGGAAUGGCUUUCUGGGGCAUUGAAGUGAAACCCGGAAAGCCUAUCACUCAUUCUUGUGAAAAGGCUAGAGGAAGGCUCCGAAUCUCCCAGGCGACACUGGGUAUUAGUGAUGCAACCAAGAAGAGUAUAGUGCAGUGCAAUGUGGGUAAAAGAAGUCCAGUUUUACUCUGCGCCUUGCUGCCCAACCAAACAGAAUCAUGCCAUUUAGAUUUGGAAUUUGAGGAGGCAGAUGAUGUGGUAUUUUCUGUUAUUGGCCCUCGAAGUGUCUACCUUACUGGCUAUUAUGUCCGACAAAGUCAGCAGUCAAAUCCCCAUAGUGAUACAGAAUCAUAUGGGGUGGAUAUUGAAAAUUCCCAGACAGAGGGAUCUAGUUACUGUAGUGAGGAUGAUAAAUAUGAGGAUAGUUUCAUUGAUGACGAAGAAUCGGAAGGUUAUUCACCAUCCCCUGUUUCAAGCAGCAAAGAAAAUGAUAAGCUGAAGAACAGAAAAGAUCAUGGUAAGCGACUUAAGAAGAAGUUCCAAGUGGUUGAGUCAGAUGAUGACACUAUUUCACGUGAAAGUGAAGAUGAAGAUGGCUACCUUUUAUCAGUUUUUAAGAGUAAAAAAGCUGCAAAGACAACUUUGGAUGGUGUUGGAGAAAAUAUUGCUCAGGCAACAACAAAAAUGGGCGAUAAGUCGAGCAAUGAUGGUAAAUGUGGCAGUAAAUCAAAGGAAAAGAUUGAUCCAGAAGAUAUAAAUGGCAAACCAGAGAGUGCAAAACCGAAAAGAAAGAGAAAAGCAUGCUCUAAUGAGGAGAAAUCAUGUGAAGUUGAGAGUGAUGACCAUAGCAUUCUCAGAGAAGAUAAAGAGCAUGAAGUUGAAGUCUCUACAAAACUCAGAGAAGUUGGAGCCAGUCAGUCGGUGCCUCCUCCAGAAUUGAGCUCUGAGAAUUGCAAAAAAGCAAAGAAGAGAAGGAAAAAGCUUCUCUUGGAAGGGGCAAGCACAGAAGGAAUUGGCAUGGAAUUUCACAAAGUUGAUGAAGGUAAUAAAUUGGAGCAGGAUUUACUGCAUGUUGACACCAUAAUAAAGGAUCUGCCAGCAGCAGAUGGAGAUCAGGAUCAGCACAGCGAUGACAUUUUCGACAUAAAAUCUGAGUUACCUGCUAAUGUUGGUCAACCUGAGAAGAAAAUUAAGAAAAAGAUGAAGAAGAAGAAAACUCAAGAUGAGGGAGACUUGAAGAUGGGUUUGCCUAAUACGAGCGAUAAUCAACAGAACACAAUCAUGAAAGAUGAGGAUCAGACUAAAAUAGCAGAGCCAAUUCAAAAGAGGACCUUAUCUAAUGGGUUGAUUAUUGAAGAGAUGGUAAAUGGACCAAGAGAUGGAAAAGCUGCUGCUGCUGGCAAAAAGGUGAAGAUUUAUUACACUGCUAUGCUGAAGGAGAGUGGUCAUAUUUUCGACUCAAAUGUGGGCAAAACUGCCUGCAAGUUCCGGUUAGGUGAUGAAGAAAUUAUCAGUGGAUGGAACAUUGGGAUCGAUGGUAUGCAUGUCGGUGACAAGAGAAGGCUAAUCAUCCCACCAUCUAUGGGUUAUGGGAAGCAUGGAGCAGGCGAAAAUGUUCCCCCAAACUCAUGGCUAGUGUAUGACGUCGAAUUGGUAGGUGUCCGCAAAUGAUUUCACAUUUUUGUCUGCCUUACUUUACCCUUUGAAUCCUUCCCUUCCAACUUGUUGCCCCUAAAAAUCUGGGAAGCAAAAUGAGGAUUGAGGCAAUAAUUUGGUGAA